AUUCUCUGGGGCUGGUUCAUCACCUCCGAAUACUCCUGUGACAGGAGGAGUUCGCAAAGCCCGCCUCCAGUCCCGAGCAGCAAUAAAUAGAAGGCUCUCGGCCCAGAAGAAGCAAGAAGUUUCUAGGCCUGCGUCCCUGGGUUUAUUAAGCUCCUGGCUCUCCUCUAGACAUCUCAGUGGCUCUGGCUGAGAGCCUGGACAGUCUGGGAGGACAGUGACUGGCUGAUCUCUGGUGAGGCAGAGCGGAGAGGGGUCCUCUGGAAUCCUGCUGGACCAGCUGGUGGUGGCCUUUGGAGUGUCUUUGGGGGCUGGGACCCCAGCCGGGUACACACCCCUGUCCUUGGCAGUGGAUGGUUCAGCAUUUUCUGAAGCAGCAAAAUAAGCCUGGAGGGCUAGCCCACCCACAUCAUCUUGCUGUGUGACCUUGGGCAGGUGGCUGCCUCUCUCUGAGCCUCCGUGUCCCCUCCAGCUCAGUAGCCAUGGCUGAUGGUCAGAUGCCCUUCUCCUGCCACCUCCCAAGCCGCCUGCGCAGAGACCCCUUCCGAGACUCAUCCCUCCCCUCGCGCCUGCUGGAUGACGACUUUGGCAUGGACCCCUUCCCGGACGACUUGACCGCUUCUUGGCGCAACUGGGCCCUGCCUCGAUUCUCCCCAGCAUGGCCUGGAACCCUGAGGUCAGGCAUGGUGCCUCGGGGGCCCACGGCUGCAGCCAGGUUUGGGGUACCUGCCGAGGGCAGGAGUCCCCCACCCUUCCCUGGGGAGCCCUGGAAAGUGUGUGUUAACGUGCACAGCUUUAAGCCAGAGGAGCUGAUGGUGAAGACCAAGGACGGAUACGUGGAGGUUUCUGGCAAACAUGAAGAGAAGCAGCAAGAAGGCGGCAUCGUUUCCAAGAACUUCACGAAGAAAAUCCAGCUUCCUGCAGAGGUGGAUCCUGUGACAGUAUUUGCCUCGCUUUCCCCAGAGGGCCUGCUGAUCAUCGAAGCCCCCCAGGUCCCCCCUUACUCACCGUUUGGAGAGAGCAGUUUCAACAACGAGCUUCCCCAAGACAGCCAGGAAGUCACCUGUUCCUGAGACCCCAGUCUUAGCCCAUCUUGAUCCCUCCCCAACUCCAGGGCUUCUCUGAUUCCAGAGUACAUUACUUUAGCUGAAUUUGUAGAUUUAGUGUGACUAAAAUGUUAGGGGUGGGGUGGACUGACCACGGACUCCCUGGGUAGUGCCGUAGUAGAUGUUUCCAUAGGACAAUACAAUUGACAUGUCCUGCUCAACUGCAUUAGGCCAAAAUGCUGGGAGGUUUUCUUUCUUUACCUUUUCUCUCAUGAUGAAAAUGUUGCACGUUCUAUAGUUGCAAAACAGAUAGAAGGGGAUGUAACAUUUCACAUUGUAUCUUACCUUGCAGCUAAUGCAAAAGGUUACUUUUCUCUGGGGACCUCCCUGUCACCCAGAUUCUUAUUCUGGGCUCCCAGUUUCCAUGCCUGCCCCAUGGUGUGGUUGAUGGAGCCCAUUAGCUCACCCCACUGUGUUUCUGCGGCCCUGGCUUCCAAAGGGUUAUAGACAGGUCUUCCAUCCCCAUAGGGGAUUUAUCCAACAGCCACAUGAAAACAGCGCUUUCUGCUCUUCACCCAGGCAUUUAUAGCAUGUUCCCAAGUUGGCACUCCCUGAGGACUCUGGAAGCCCAUUUAUUCUAUGGCUAGAGUCUUCCCUUUCUCGGGCUUCCUAUGUCCAAUUUGGGAUUUUUACAGAGGGGGCUGUCUCCAAACAGCUCCACCAGGAACCAAGCAAAGGCCAGACCGACUGGCAGGCAGGCUAGUGGUGUUGUGUAUAUGAGUGAGAUGUGUGUGUCAUUGUUAUUUGAAUUGUGCUGUUGUUUAGGGGGAAAUGACAGUAAAUAAUAAUAAUAAAGGAGCUGAUGUUCUUA